GUUUCAAGGCCUUUUACCAAGAUAUUGCCAAUGCCUUGACAAAAUUCCCAGCGCUCGAGGUUUUUGAACUCUCUGGGAUGCUCUGGGGCUCCGAUGAAAAACAGGCCGGAAGAAAAAUUUGGCAGUCAAAGCCGCUUGACAUUGACUUCGGCGCCGAGGAAGGUGUUGAACCUAUUGAUUCUUAUAUGGAUUUUUCAUACUACUACUGACGUUGCGUACCAAGUAAUUACUGAUACUUCUUUUCACAAUAUGUCUUUAAUCUUCGACAUCACUUCUGAUACGUCGAUACCUAAUUAGGCAUAUGUCACACCGUAGCAUACCGUGACACCAAUAUUUGGCUUCUCUGGCUUCGCAUACUUGAAUCAUCUGCCCUGUCUCCUUUCUUCUUCUGUGACUGUCAUGAGCAAACGUCCACCCAACGAGAUCGAAACCAAAAUACAUCAAGCCGCGUUAUCUUCUGAUAAUCAUGAAAUAACCCCGAAACAAAUCGAAGAGAUUGUACCCGACACCAAAGCCAGGCAGACGGCUAUCAACUUUCUACUAGCUGUUGGCCUGUUCAAGCCGUUCAGCGACGGGAAAAAGAAGAUUAUUUUCAGAGCCGUCGCCAAGGCUGAACUGAACGCAACCAAGGAUCUCAGCGGAGAGGAGAACCUAGUGCUUGACCACAUAAAAACAUCACAUAAUGAAGGCAUAUGGACGAAGCACCUCAAGGCAAAAACAAAUCUACAUCAAACAAUCAUCGAUCGCUGCUUGAAAACAUUGAUUCAGAAAAAGCUCAUCAAACGCGUGCAAUCCGUGCAGCAUGCGACGAGGAAGAUUUACAUGCUCCAAGGCAUAGAACCAUCGACCGUCCUCACAGGGGGACCGUGGUAUACAGAUAACGAACUAGACACUGAGUUCAUCGAAACCCUCAUCAAGGCGUGUUUCAAAUUGAUACGUGAUAUGAGUUAUCCAAAACGCGGUUCCAAGUAUGAAGGAGCGUUAUAUCCCAUAUCCAAUUCCCCACAGUAUCCUACCGCACAACAGGUUCGGAAUACUCUCAGGCAGGCCAGGCUGACAGAGACCGAUCUCACGGUGGAGCACGUCGAGAUGUUGUUGAAUGUUCUAGUCCUGGACAGAGAGAUUGAAAAGAUCCCCGCUUUCGGCAUUGCGUCCUGGAAUACAAAUUCGAUAAAUGAGGACGACUCCGGAGAUGAAACAGACAACAAAAAGAAGACGAAAAAAAGAAAACAUCGCUCUUCUGAUUCCGACGGCGAGGACAACACGAGUAAACGGAGAAGGAAAAAGCGAGCCGCGACGGACGACUCAGACUCGGAUGAUCUCUUACCUAAGAACACAAAGAAAAGGAGAAGGAAUGACUCUGGGUCCGACGUCGAAUCCACUAAACGCAACAAGAAAAACCUCGUUUCCGACAACGAAGCCACAGGUUCAGACAUGGAUACCAAGAAGAAGUGGAGGCGGUCCAAAUCCAAGAAAUACGACAAUUCUUCCGAAAGGGAUUCAUCGAAUUCUGAGAUGGAAACACGUCGGCAUAGUGGUAAAACAUCAAAAAAUCAACACCGCUCGUCCCCUCCUGUGCCCGGUUCCUUCUCGGAUAGCGAAGAUGGGAUAUAUGUGUAUAGGGCCAUACGACAGGAACGCCUGUCGCUUGGCUGGUCCGAAUCACCAUGUGCCAAGUGUCCGUCGUUUGAGUUCUGUAAGGAUGGCGGACCAGUGAACCCACGAGAAUGUGUUUAUUAUGGGGAUUGGUUGGCAGGUGGCCCGGUGGCUGAAAUUGAGGACAUGGCGUAGGACAAAGAAGAUCGUUAUAAAGACUAUUCA